GGAGCCCUAGUCUAGAUCCUAGUGGAGCGGGGCAGCCGACCUGUGAAUCUUCUCAGCGCAGCAUUGUGAUCGGCAUCUUCCUGGGAUCGCCAAGCCCCAGAAGCCGGGUCUCUUUAAAUUAGGGCAGCUGUUUUCUAUUUCUCCCUGGGCUGCAGAAAGCUAGAAGAUUUUUACCUAGCUCAAACAAGGCUGCUGGUAUUCCCUCUUUUUUUCCGCGAGGGUGUUUUUGGCUGCAAUUGCAUGAAAUCCCAAUGGUGUAGACCAGUGGCGAUGGAUCUAGGAGUUUACCAACUGAGACAUUUUUCAAUUUCUUUCUUGUCAUCCUUGCUGGGGACUGAAAACGCCUCUGUGAGACUUGACAAUAGCUCCUCUGGUGCAAGUGUGGUAGCUAUUGACAACAAAAUCGAGCAAGCUAUGGAUCUGGUGAAAAGCCAUUUGAUGUACGCGGUUAGAGAGGAAGUGGAGGUCCUCAAAGAGCAAAUCAAAGAACUAAUAGAGAAAAAUUCCCAGCUGGAGCAGGAAAACAAUCUGCUGAAGACACUGGCCAGUCCUGAGCAGCUUGCCCAGUUUCAGGCCCAGCUGCAGACUGGCUCCCCCCCUGCCACCACACAGCCACAGGGUACCACACAGCCCCCGGCCCAGCCAGCGUCCCAGGGCUCAGGACCAACUGCAUAGCCGCCUAUGCCCCCGCGGAACUGGCUGCUGCUGUCUGAACUCAACAGACCCGAGAUGAUGUACUAGGGGGACUCCACCUCCACAGUUACCCAUUUCAUUGCUCGCUGCAAAAGAGACGUGAGACUGAUACAUGCCAUUAUCUCUUUUUUCGAGUAUUAAACACCCAUGUGCUUUUGGCUUGAAGAAAUUUCUUAGUUGGGUGAAUAAGAGAAUUAGCAUGGAUAUACUGGGACCUCAUACAGCUUGGCAGAUAUUUGAGAAAUGGUUUAAUUCGUGCUGAGGAGCUGUGUGCCUUUCCAUCCCUUCCCUGCUCCCCGCCCUCACUUCCAAGAGUUCUCUCCUGCUUGCACAUAGUGUACGAUAUGGGGUUACUGAGCAGUGGAGCUCCACUGGACUGUCCUGUCUCCUCUCCUCCCCCUGAGGAACUUAAAGGGGAGGUAAAAGAAAAGACUGGUGCAUAGUCUUGCCUAAAUGAGGGGAAACAGUUCAUUAUACAAAUUAAUGACUGUCACCAAAAUCCAUAAAAACAAUAGUACUGUGUGCCUCUUUCUGAAACAGUGGAUGACACAAAACUAUUAGAGUGACUAAAAGGUGACUGGUAGCUGGGACCUAGGCUAUCUUACCAUGAAGGAUGUUUUGCUUAUUAUAUAUUUGUGUAUGUAGUGUAACUAUUUUGUACAAUAGAGGACUAACUACUUAGUUGUACAGAUUGAAAUUUUGCUGUUUCAUUGGCUGUCUGAAGAGGUGUGGAUUGUCUUUAUAUAGAGAUUACAUAAAAAAUGUUACGUGAGGAAAAUCACACCUAAAGAAAUUCUAAGAAUUUGGCCCAGUUAGUCACUUUGUGUAAUCUGAAAUCUUAUAGCUGCUGAAUAUCUUGAAGUAAAUCCCUGUUCACUGAAGUCUUUUGAUUGAGCUGGUUGGAUACUUUGAAAAAUGAUCAGUUCUAGCUAAUGAGAUGAAUUUCCCAGUAGGGGAUUCUGCGUAUUACCUGUAUAGUAGUUAUAUGCAUAUGUUUCUGUGCAUGUUCUCUACACAGUUGUAAGGUGUCACUGUAUUUAACUGUUGCACUUGUCAACUUUCAAUAAAGCAUAUAAAAUGUUGAUAAA